GCGUCACCAGCGCGUGGUACUCGAUGCUCAACCCAUGCAGGCGACAGGUUUAGCUCUGGUAUCGAAACUUCUGCUUCACGGUGUGUUUUCUCCAAAACUUGCUUUCAGUGCUGCAGUUUUACCAAACAAAAUGUGAUAAAAAUUAUUCGCCAUCUGUCCUAGAGCGGCAAAGAUUUUACUUUUAAUUCUUAAAUUUGGAGAGAGUUACUUCCCUGGAAACUAAGAAAUGAAGCUAAGGGCGCUAACUCUUGCCCAGGAUGACGAAGGAUUUAAAGGCACCAGCUGGUUGUGGAGGAUUGGAAUCUUCGUCACAAUAAUAGGACUAAUUGCUUACGUCAUCGGGUUCAGCACGGACCGCUGGUGCGGGUUCGACAACGAGCUGUACCAGGGGGUCAACGACACGAGGGUGGAGGCCCACUUCGGACUGUGGAGGAAAUGCCUGACCUUGACCUCUGUCCGGACGGGGGCCGUCAUAACGGAAAAGUGUGAAAACUUGGACAACGAUGACGCCUACAAGCCGGCAUCCAAAGCGCUCUGCUCCAUUGGUCUGAUAGUCACCGUGUGCGGUGUGGGUCGUGAGUCUGAUAGCCGGAUAUCGUCAUAACACGUUCUUGACGGGAGUGGGUGGAGUGCUGCUCAUUCUGGGAGCCAUAGUCUCAACAGUGGGCUCGGCAAUUCUCGUGGGAAAAGCUAAAGAUCAACGUGACGAACUGGAGCCGUAUUAUUCUACCUUCUUCGCUCUGAUUGGCUGCUUGUUUAUCAUAGUCGGGGGAGGGGUGCAGGUUUUGUCAAUGAAAACAGAAUACAGCAGUAUAGCCUAAAGACUUGCAUCUUUCCAGAGUAUUUUAUAUUCUACUCUUAAUCUUAUGAGCAGAUGGUUUUCUGUAUCUAAUUACUUUACCAUUCACUGACCUUGAUCUAUUUAUUAUACCAUUCAGUGACCGUGACCUAUUUAUUUUACCAUUCAGUGACCUUGAUCUAUUUGGGUUGGUUACCCAUCAGGUAC